UAGUCUCCAAGCAAUCCCAUAUUUACUCUCUUUGUGAAUUUCAAUCCCCUCUUUACCUUUUAGCUUUUACCCACUCCCGCUUGCUCCUGCUUUAAGACUCCACCAAACAAUACAACACAAACCCACCUCCCAAAUCAGGUUCACCGUCCCAAAAAACCCCAUUCUAGAGAGAGAAACCAGAUUGUGGUAGAGAGAGAAAGCGAAGUGUUUUAGAGAGAGAAAGUAAAGUAAUUAAACGGCCAUGGAUUUUCACAUCUAUGGCGUCUCGAGAAUCAUCUUCUACACUAUCUUCACUGUUCUUGCCAUCACAGGUGCUGCAUUGCAACAAAAUCAAAAUCCAUCGGCAAAGAACUUGGUCGCAGGGUCCUCAAACUCAGUCCAGAUUAACUCCAACUCAGUUCUUGUUGCCCUUUUGGAUUCUCACUAUACUGAGUUAUCAGAACUCGUGGAAAAAGCACUUUUGCUGCAAACCCUUGAAGAGGCAGUUUCGAAACAUAAUAUUACAAUCUUUGCUCCCAGGAAUGAGGCUUUGGAAAGGGAUUUGGAUCCCGAGUUCAAGCGGUUUUUGCUCGAGCCGGGGAAUCUGAAAUCUCUUCAAAAUCUGUUGCUUUUUCAUAUGAUUCCGACACGCAUUGAGUCGACUCGCUGGCCUGUGAAGGUAGAAAAACCCAAUAAUCAUAACAGCUUGGCCAGGGAUUCCAAUGGAGAAACACUUGAAGUGGUUGAAAAAAAUGGAGAAAAACUUGUGGGCAUUGCGAAGAUUAUCAAACCCGAUGAUAUAACCCGACCCGAUGGAAUUAUCCACGGCAUUGAGAGAGUGUUGAUCCCGAAAUCUGUUCAACAAGAUUUCAAUACUCGCCGGAGUUUGAGGUCCAUUUCUGCCGUGCUGCCGGAGGGAGCACCGGAAGUUGACCCAAGAACACACAGAUUGAAGAAACCAGCACCAGUCCCUGCGGGAGCGCCUCCUGUUCUACCCGUUUAUGAUGCCAUGGCACCUGGUCCGUCCCUGGCGCCGGCGCCCGCUCCGGGGCCAGGUGGACCUCACCACCACUUCGACGGCGAGAGCCAGGUGAAGGACUUCAUCCAAACUCUUCUACAUUACGGUGGCUACAACGAAAUGGCGGACAUUCUUGUAAAUCUCACGUCCUUAGCAACUGAAAUGGGACGAUUAGUCUCCGAAGGGUAUGUAUUAACAGUUUUAGCUCCAAAUGAUGAGGCCAUGGCGAAAUUGACUACAGAUCAGUUGAGUGAACCCGGGGCGCCGGAGCAAAUAAUGUAUUAUCAUUUGAUACCGGAGUACCAAACGGAGGAAAGUAUGUACAAUGCCGUAAGGAGAUUUGGGAAAGUCCGGUAUGAUACUCUCCGGCUUCCGCACAAAGUGGUGGCGGAGGAGGCUGAUGGGUCGGUAAAAUUUGGACAAGGCGAAGGCUCUGCUUAUUUGUUCGAUCCUGAUAUUUAUACAGAUGGGAGAAUUUCUGUUCAAGGGAUUGACGGGGUUUUGUUUCCUGUUGAGGAAAAUAAGGCUGCGCCGCCUAAACCUGCCGCGGCCGUUACCAAGGUUGUCGGAAAACCCAGAAGAGGGAAGUUAAUGGAGAUGGCUUGCGGUAUGGUUGGGGCCAUUGGUCAUUUUACUAGCUGUAACUGAAUUAUCAUACUCAGAAAAAUCUGAUUAAAAAAAAAAAAGAAAAAGAAAAUGAAACAAAGAAGAUGCAGAAAGGUUUUUUAGGAUGAUGAUACAAGGGGUGGGGGAGGGAUCCAGCAGAACCCACAACUGGGGGGAGUUUUCUUGUUAUCUUGUAAUGUAAUUACAUAAUCCAUUUUUUUUAUUUGUAUUAAAAUAAAUAAUAUACUAUACUUGGAAGAAUGUCAACUUGUUUGCUGUUUUGACUUUUGAGUCUUUUUUUUUUGUUUUUUUGUUCAAGUAUUAUUUUUUAUUUCGAUUUGUAUUUGGAAUAAUGGAUCCCUUUAUGAUGUAGUUUCAAGUUUGGGACUUGCA